UAUCUUUGAAAAUUGGAAAGUAUCAAGCUACCUGAGCUCACUGCACACAGAAAGCAACAAGUGUUGACAGAAGAAAAUGUUGUGACAGACUCCUGACCUGAGGACUUCACUGGUCGGACAGAGGGGCGUGCUCAGUGGAGGCUUUACUUCACCUGCUUCCACAGCUUUUGUGGUUUUACUGCGCUUAUCACACUGCUGGGAACAUGUCGUCCGUCUCUGUACCGCCACCAAAAUGUCUGCAGAAACCGCUGGUGGUUCCACAUCGCCACAUGUUUGGACCAGGACCCUCCAACGUCCCUCCACGAAUCUUGAAGGCUGGAGCCAAUCCUGUCAUUGGACACAUGCAUCCAGAGAUAUUUGAGAUAAUGAGUGACAUCAAAAGUGGAAUCCAGUACAUGUUCCAGACUCAGAACAACAUGACUUUAGCUGUGAGCGGCACUGGCCACACUGCUAUGGAGUGUGCCAUCUUUAACACAGUGGAGCCCGGGGAGAGCGUUCUGACUGCAGUCAACGGCAUAUGGGGAGAGCGAGCAGCAGAAAUGGCUGAGAGGAUAGGUGCCAGAGUAAAUACCAUUGUGGCGCCCCCUGGUGGCUUCUUCACUAAUGCAGAAAUUGAGCAGGCCUUAUCAAAACACAGGCCAGUGGUGUUCUUCCUCGCACAUGGAGAAUCCUCUACGGGAGUCCUGCAUCCUUUAGAUGGCAUCGGACAGCUGUGUCAUAAGUACAACUGCUUGUUUCUGGUCGACUCUGUGGCAUCAAUUGGUGGGGCCCCUCUAUACAUGGACCAGCAAGGGAUAGACAUCCUAUACACAGGCUCCCAAAAGGUCUUGAAUGCUCCUCCCGGUACAGCACCCAUCUCCUUCAGUGAAAGAGCAUGCCAGAAAACAUUCAACCGGAGGACAAAGCCUGUGUCCUUCUUCUUGGAUUUGAGUUGGCUUGCAAACUACUGGGGAUGUGAUGGCAAGCCGUCAAGAGUAUAUCACCACACAGGUCCAGUCACUGCUUUUUACUCUCUGAGGGAGAGUCUGGCUGUGCUUGUUGAAGAGGGUCUGGAGAAAUCAUGGGAAAGACAUCAGAAAGUAGCAGAGUAUUUCCAUGCUGGCCUAGAGAACAUGGGUCUCAAACUUUUUGUCAAAGAAAAGAAAGCGAGACUCUCUACAGUUACCACUAUUGUUGCUCCUCAUGGAUAUGACUGGAAAGAGAUCACUACCUACAUCAUGAAAACACAUAAUUUAGAGAUUUCUGGAGGGCUUGGACCAUCAGUUGGCUUGGUGCUUCGCGUGGGACUGAUGGGAUGUAACAGCAGCAAGGCCAAUGUUGACAUGGUGCUGGCAGCACUGAAAGAUGCUCUGAAACACUGCCAUAAAAGCAAAGUGUAACAUGUCUCUGUUGGAUGCUGUAAAGAUAAUCCUGAAUCACAGCUACUGUCAUAAGGAAGAGACUGUGUGUAAUAAAUAAAGCAUUAUUCUCAGUAGUCGUCUUGUGCAGCUCAGUCACCACUUGAAUGAGAACAGUGGGGUUGUCUUCAUAAUGUUGUAGUACCUUUUGUCAGCAGCAGUCUGUUAUCUAGUUUUCAGUCUAAUAUAAACACAUGGU